CUUUAGUAUUUCUGUUGGCGAUAUAAACUUACACGCUGACUUACAAUCGGGUUGCAGUUCAGCACACCAGCCACAAGCUUAGGUACAUAUUUGAAUAUGCCCUAUGUACAUGUACCUAAGUACCGACUAGCAUUAGGCUUCAAAGCUACCUACAUAAGGUACCUAGGGUCGAUUGGGCUUAGUCCCUCCCCGUAAACCCAGCUGACAGGGUCACAAGCUGCCAGCUUAGACAUUUCCUGCCUGACUGAUUAUUACGUAUCGUGGCGUGUUAUUUUUAUCGCGCCAGGACAUUUGUGUUAAGCCCCAGCUGUUGGAAUUUUUAUUUUAUCUCAGCCUCAUCAAAUCCCCUUUCCUAUCAAGUCUGUAUAUCUGGCCUGAUUAUACCGACACAAGUACUACAGACAGCCUGACUGCAUCUAGUUGGGAAAUAGAAUAAAUCGCGAUGGAGGCACUGAAAACUGCGCUGCAGCCCUUGCAGCCCAUUACGAACAGCUUACCUGCUCCCAUUCGCGACCUAGGCGUGUCCAUCAUCGGCGAGACCUGCUACAAGACGUUGAUCCUCGAUCUUGACCCUACGGAUUCGGAAUGCCUUAAGCUAGCCAUCUCCAAGGGCUUGGGUAUUGGUAUCAUCGGCGCAUCGUCUAUCGUCAAGGUUCCUCAAAUCAUCAAGCUCGUCCAAUCGCAAUCCUCAUCCGGUGUCAGCUUUCUAUCGUAUCUGCUCGAGACCUCGUCCUACCUCAUCUCGCUCGCCUACAACUUCCGCAACGAAUUUCCCUUUAGCACCUAUGGCGAGACCGCCUUGAUCCUCGGCCAGAAUGUCAUCAUCACUGUCCUCGUUUUGAACUAUAGCGGUAGAGCUAGCAUGGCAGCGCUGUUUAUUGCUGCCUUGGCUACGAGCGUUGUCACGCUGUUCAACGGUGGAAUACUCGAUAUGCAGACCCUGGGCUAUUUGCAGGCUGGCGCGGGAGUGCUUGGCGUGGCUAGCAAGGUGCCUCAAAUUGCUGCUAUCUACCAGGCAGGUGGAACAGGUCAGCUCAGUGCCUUUACGGUCUUCAAUUAUCUUGCCGGCUCGCUCUCUCGAAUCUUCACGACAUUGCAAGAGGUGGACGACAAGUUGAUCUUAUACGGUUUCGUAGCAGGCUUUGCGCUGAACUUGGUCUUGGCUGCGCAGAUGGUCUACUACUGGAAUGCACCGUCAGCUAAGGUUAGAGGGAAGAUGAAGGAGGCAGCUCCGGUUCCAGCUGCUUCUCAGAGCUCUGGCGUCUCUACAGCUACCCCUAAAAGUAAGGGGCCGUCGACACGACGCAGGGGUUGAAUUCUUGUUACGUCCUGAACCGACUUUGUUGAGCAGGAAUGAUUUUUUAGACAUCAACUAUUGUAAUACACGUAUGUUAUACCACGGCUUCUUACAUGCUCUACUACUCGUGGUAGCCGAUGUGACCUUUAUCCAAAUAGAUUUUGGUAUGUCAUGUGCUACUAAUCCCCGUGCCCGGGCUUGGCCCGUCGUCUACCGUUAUUUAUCAGGUAAGGAAAGAAAAACCUGGCAGGGACAUCUGCAUGGUUAAGCGCCGUGGGCAGCGUGAUAAUAUGUAUCUACAUAUCUAAUAUGCAGGCGAAAAAUCGUUCUCGACUCCGCUUCCGGAUCUAUUCGGGAAAUGGAUCAGUUAUAGGAAGACGGCAAGCUGGUGGUAUGAGAAGGAUUCGAGACCGAUAGCCGACGCAGAUCGGACUUGGGAGUCACAUUAGACCUUGUUGUUGGUCAUGGAUGGUCAUGGAUGGCCAUGUAUUUACUGAUAAACUGUCUGAGAUGUGGUUGAAUUAGUCAGAUAUGCCUGCUGCAUCGCCACGUUUGCUUUUUGUUCCCGCUGUUUUCGAAACAUGCGUGCGAGUAUCGCGAUUCUCGAUAGGUGCCCGCUUAGUUGGGAGUUGGGAGUUGGGAGUCGAUGUUCUUUGUUUCCAGGUAUGAAGGAAAAGGGUG